GGGCGGCCGCCUUUCCAGUGACUCCGGAUCUGUUUCCGAGCUGGGCCAGGCGCUUCCCUUUCCCUCCCCGUGACUCGGUGUGCUCUCCCCCUUCUCUCCCGCUAGUGUCUUUAAAGGACUUGAGGGAAGGGGGGAACUGUCAAGAUGGCAGCAGCGGGAGCAAGGAGGUGAUGAACGUGCUGGUCCGGGUUUUCUUGCAGUCCGAGAGAUUUGGCGCUUCCCGACCUGUUGGAAGAUUUAUGUUCCCACUUGCUUCCUCCUUCCCGUUUCUGACCUGGAAGGGGGCGGAGGGCCCCACGUCCCCGCGAAAAUACACCUCAGAUCUUCUUAGCGGGUCCUGCGGGGUCGGUCCUCUCUCGUUGGAAGUCACCCUGGCAGGUAGCUGGAGCUCGAGCCUUCGCGGCGCCCUGUCCCUCCCCCGCCGCACCCAGCCUGGGCGCGAGAGGAGAGAGCAAGAGCCCAAGCCGCGGGCGGCGGGCAGGCAGCGAAGAUGGCAGAGGCACCAGCCUCCCCGGUCCCGCUCUCUCCGCUCGAAGUGGAGCUGGACCCAGAGUUCGAGCCACAGAGUCGGCCACGCUCCUGUACGUGGCCCCUGCAGAGGCCGGAGCUGCAGGCGAGCCCGGCCAAGCCCUCGGGGGAGACGGCGGCAGACUCCAUGAUCCCCGAGGAGGACGACGAUGAAGACGACGAGGACAGCGGCGGCCGAGGCAGCUCGGCCAUGGUGAUCGGUGGCGGCGUGAGCAGCGCGCUGGGCUCCGGGCUGCUCCUCGAAGAUUCGGCCAGGCUGCUGUCUCCCGGAGGGCAGGACCUCGGGACGGGGCCAGCGUCCUCCGCAGGCGCGCUGAGUGGGGGCACGCAGACGCAGCUGCAGCCUCAGCAGCCACUGCCACCGCCGCAGCCGGGGGCGGCUGGGGGCUCUGGGCAACCGAGGAAAUGCUCCUCGCGGCGGAAUGCCUGGGGGAACCUGUCCUACGCUGACCUGAUCACCCGCGCCAUCGAGAGCUCCCCGGACAAACGGCUCACUUUGUCCCAGAUCUACGAGUGGAUGGUGCGCUGUGUGCCCUACUUCAAGGAUAAGGGCGACAGCAACAGCUCUGCGGGCUGGAAGAACUCCAUCCGCCAUAACCUGUCACUGCACAGCCGUUUCAUGCGGGUUCAGAACGAAGGGACUGGCAAGAGCUCUUGGUGGAUCAUCAACCCCGACGGGGGAAAGAGUGGGAAGGCGCCCCGGCGGCGGGCCGUCUCCAUGGACAACAGCAACAAGUACACCAAGAGCCGAGGCCGGGCAGCCAAGAAGAAGGCGGCCCUGCAGGCUGCCCCAGAGUCGGCAGACGACAGCCCUUCCCAACUCUCCAAGUGGCCGGGCAGCCCCACAUCCCGCAGCAGCGACGAGCUGGACGCCUGGACCGACUUCCGCUCGCGCACCAAUUCCAACGCCAGCACCGUGAGCGGCCGCCUGUCACCCAUCCUGGCGAGCACGGAGCUGGAUGACGUCCAGGACGAUGACGGACCCCUCUCCCCCAUGCUCUACAGCAGCUCUGCCAGCCUGUCGCCUUCCCUAAGCAAGCCGUGUACCGUGGAGCUGCCGCGGCUGACUGACAUGGCGGGCACCAUGAAUCUGAACGAUGGGCUGGCCGAGAACCUCAUGGAUGACCUGCUAGAUAACAUCGCGCUCCCGCCCUCCCAGGCGUCGCCUCCGGGCGGGCUUAUGCAGCGGAGCUCCAGCUUCCCGUACACCGCCAAGAGCUCCGGCCUGGGCUCCCCAACUAGCUCCUUUAACAGUACCGUGUUCGGACCUGCGUCACUCAACUCCCUGCGUCAGUCGCCCAUGCAGACCAUCCAGGAGAACAGACCAGCCACCUUUUCUUCCGUGUCGCACUACGGCAACCAGACACUCCAAGACCUGCUCACUUCGGACUCGCUCAGCCACAGCGACGUCAUGAUGACCCAGUCAGACCCCUUGAUGUCUCAGGCUAGCACCGCUGUGUCCGCCCAGAACGCCCGCCGGAACGUGAUGCUUCGCAACGACCCAAUGAUGUCCUUUGCCGCCCAGCCUACCCAGGGGAGUUUGGUCAAUCAGAACUUGCUCCACCACCAGCACCAAACCCAGGGCGCUCUUGGUGGCAGCCGUGCCUUGUCAAAUUCUGUCAGCAACAUGGGCUUGAGUGACUCCAGCAGCCUCGGCUCAGCCAAACACCAGCAGCAGUCUCCUGUCAGCCAGUCUAUGCAAACCCUCUCGGACUCUCUCUCAGGCUCCUCCCUGUACUCAGCCAGUGCAAACCUUCCCGUCAUGGGUCACGACAGGUUCCCCAGUGACUUGGACCUGGACAUGUUCAAUGGGAGCUUGGAGUGUGACAUGGAGUCCAUCAUCCGUAGCGAACUCAUGGAUGCCGAUGGGUUGGAUUUUAACUUUGACUCCCUCAUCUCCACACAGAACGUUGUUGGUUUGAACGUGGGGAACUUCACUGGUGCUAAGCAGGCCUCAUCUCAAAGCUGGGUGCCAGGCUGAAGGAUCACUGAGGAAAGGGGAAAUGGGCAAAGCAGACCCUCAAACUGACCGAAGACCUACAGAGAAAAAAACCCUUUGCCAAAUCUGCUCCCAGCCAGUGGACAGUGAUCCCCGUUUACAGCUUGACACCUUUGUGACUCCCACGCCAUCUUCCUAACCCAGCAGAGACUGUUAGCAGCCCUGGCCCUGGGUGAAGCCCUUUCCCGUGGAGCAGAACUCUAUAACGUAUGCAAAUCUAACUCAUCUGCAAGUGACCUGCCAUCGUGGACAGCACCCAUCAGCAUCCCUACUCCAGAGCACACCGGGAGCCCCGGCGGCCGCGGCGAUUCCGUACUGUUUCACGGUCGUGAUGGUUUAGGGGAUAUUUUAAGUGUCAUUUUGUGUUUGUUUCCUUUGACCCUCUUGAGUUUUUUUACACACAGUAACCUGCAGUAUUUUUCUGUUGAAAACGUUGACUGUCCUUUCCCUAGCACACGUAAAAAGCAGAAGGAAGGUGUUGUGUCAGUUCCCAGUCUGAGCUUUUGAGCCUGUGGAACUCCGCAAACCUAACACAUUACAUAGACUAAAGGGGGACUUCCUUUCUUCUCUUGUUUGGUAGAAAAUUAUCCUUUUCUAAAAACUGAACAAUGGCACAACUGUUUGUCCUGC